AAUUGCGAUAAUGGAGCUUAAAAGAAGAGUCUCCAGGGCCUGCGACGCAUGUAAGCUCCGAAAAGUCAAAUGCAAUGGCGAACCCAGAUGCUCGCAGUGCGCUCACAGCGGUUUGCGCUGCAUCUACUCCGCAACAGCGAAACCACGAUCACAAGGUCGAAGAGGGAGGGUCAUUCUGGAGUACAAACAACAAACAUCGAAUCCAAUUCGGCACUUGGCACCUUUGCUACCUCGAAAAGAUGAACUUGUUCUUGACAAGGCCUACUUUCUCAACCUGCUUCCGGACUAUAUGGCUUCGGUCUACCCAGUACAGCCGAUUUUGUCAGAAGACGAGAUCAGACAAAAUAUCGAGAUGAUGGACACUGAUAAGGAAGCUUACUCUUACGUUCACGCAUUCGGUGCGUGUACGUUGAAUUUGUCAUACAUUGGGGAUCGAAGGACGCCAGACAUUGCCGAAGCCAUCGAAAGGCUUGUCAAUGAGAGCAUUAACUCCCGUCGUCUAGUUUCACGAGGAUACAAAUCUUCCAUACGCCAAUGCAUGACCUCUCUGCAUCUCCAUAACUGCUUUAUGACUAUGCGAGAUUCGGAUGCCUCGUUCUUCUACAUGCGAGAUGCAAUCACCCUUGUUCAGCUUCUUGGGAUAGAGACAAAUCGUGGAAUGUCUUCCUUGCCUCAACAUGAAAGGGCGAAGCGGCAACGGCUAUAUUGGGAAGCGUACAUUCACGAGCGCUUUCUGGCCAUCCUAGAUUAUCGUCAAGCCGUAAUGCGGCCCCUUCAGAGUCUACCUGAGGACGAUCCAACAAUACCCAUAAGUGUUCAGGAAGGCUUCAACCAAAUAAUUCGACUCUUCCAGCUCCUUGAUGUAGAGUUCUUGCAAAACUGGCUUGGUCAUCACGAUUCAAAGAUUACGCCUGCUUGGAUCGAAAGCAAGCAAGCAGAGCUUGACCAACAGCUUGAUAAUCCAGAGGGUAACUAUGCUGUGUUGAACAGCAUGCAGAAGGCAGAUCUUGUGGUCACCAAACAGUGGCUGAAGACUCUCGUCUGGAGACUUGCGAUGUCAAACACGUUGCUAUCCUCCAGUUCACCAAAGGAAUGUCUGUCACUACUGUUCCCAGUUCGACUUUCCAAGCAGCUUCGUAAUCAGCUAUCCACGAUUUCAAAACAGGACAUAGAAAUUCACGGCAGUGGAAUUGUGCAGAAGCUAUUCGAAAUCACCGACACGAUUGCCGACGUGAUAAUAGCGGCGCCUGCGCAUAGCAUACAAGAUACCGCCAACCGCGUCGACGACUUUCUUUUCCUUGCUGAGUACCUCUUUACCUUUCCGACUCUCGACAACACACGGAAGAGCAUGGUUCAAGAAAAGCUUGAGAAGCUUCAAGGAAUGUUUCCGCAGAUGGGAAGCAAUCCGAAUUCACCAGGAACUCCUCCUUUCUUCGAACAUGUCGGCGUUCCCGACGGACCAUGGUACGGCGCCACAGAGUCUAUGCUGCCUAUCACUGUUACAUCGCCCACCGUCACAGCAAGUUCCCCAGAUAAUGAACUAGCUCCCUCUUUUCCUACUACGAUGAACGGCAGCUUGUACACACAGUAUAACGAAAUUGCGAGACGGCUGUCCGUUGCGGACUUUGCCUUCCUCAAGGACGGUGCUCUAGGAGAUACCAAUUCCCACCUUCAUUAAAUGUCAUUACCUCGACUCCCGUGGAGGAUAUGCUACAGUAUAAUCUAGUGUGCUCUGACUUCUCUUUUUCGUCUCAUCUCUUUGUCUUUUGUUGUCUCAGAUCAGGUUGAGCAAACCUGGUUUUGGCUAGCGCAAUUUCCCCGACAAUGUAGUUUGCAACUCCUCCCGCAACUUGUCGAGCAAUUUAAGUCGAGCAAUUAAAUUAAAUAAACACGCCCUUCGUACGGCUGCAGAUUGUACCCUUCGGAGCAAUCCAGCGUACUCACCAGCAAUUUUGCUCCC